UACCAAGCUAAUAAAAAUAUCCGGUGAAAAUAUGACUUCCAGCGACGAAGGAAAGCUCUUUGAUAGACUUGUUGAAUGUCCAGCAAAUAGUGAGGAUGCUGGAAAAAGUUCAGUCUGUGAAGGUUGUCCUGGACAAGCAUUGUGUAGAGGUCAAGGUGGAGAAGACCCGGAUCAAGAACUUAUUGACAUCAGGAUGGGGGCCAUUCAACACAAGAUUCUGGUUUUAUCUGGAAAAGGAGGUGUUGGAAAAUCAACUGUAACCUAUUUGUUGUCAUUGGCUCUGGCUAAAUGUCACUCAAUGAAAGUGGGUGUGGUUGACCUAGAUAUUUGUGGACCCAGUAUUCCAAAACUGUUUAAUGUAGAAAACAAGCCCAUUGUACAAUCGCCUUAUGGAUGGAAACCUCUAAUAUCCCCCAGUGAGAGUAUCAAGAUCGUGUCAGUAGGCUCUUUGAUUGAGUCGGAUAAAACGUCGGUCAUUUUCCGUGGACCGAGAAAGACAGGAUUAAUCAAAAGAUUUCUAAAGGAUACAUUCUGGGGGAAAUUGGAUUUCCUAAUAUGUGAUACACCCCCAGGGACAAGUGAUGAACACAUGGCAAUUGUAAAACUUCUGAAAAAUGUGAAACCAGAUGGCGCUGUUAUCGUCACCACUCGUCAAGAGGUAGCCAUGGCAACCAUUAAAAAGGAAAUCAGUUUCUGUAAGAAGAUGGGAGUGUCCAUCCUCGGGAUUGUGGAGAAUAUGGGUGGAUUUGUCUGUCCAUGUUGUAAGGAGAUGUCUGAACUCUUCCCGGGAAGUGGAGUUGCCUCCCUUGCCAACAGUCAUGGGAUACCAGUCCUUGGGCACCUUCCUGUGGAUCCAUUGAUCACCGAAUGUUGCGAAAAUGGCAGAAACCCCCUAGACAGUUACCCAGAAUCCCCCGUUGUCCAGUCUGCAAUGGAAAUUUCUAAAACUUUGAUCAACAUUGUCAACGACACCUAAUGGACGACUCGUGGAAUGACGAGGACUGCUCGACUGCGGUCUAUAUACCCAGUGUAGCAGUGUUCUCAAAAGGAGAGUUUAUACAAUGUAUUGGUGCUAGAAAUUUGAUCUUGAUAAUUGUAAUGUUGAGACGAGGUGCUAGGAAUUUGAUUUUAAUAAAUGUAAUAUUGAAACAAGGUGCUAGGAAUUCGAUCUUGAUAAAUGUAAUGUUGAAACGAGGUGCUAGAAAUUUGAUCUUAAUAAAUGUAAUGUUGAGACAAGGUGCUAGAAAGAUCUUAAUAAAUGUAAUGUUGAGACAAGGUGCUAGAAAUUUGAUCUUAAUAAAUGUAAAGUUGA